AUGGCGUCGCCGAGUGCUCGAAGGUCCACUUCUCUCGGUGAAGCGGAAACUCGACUCACUGAUUCCGACAAGAUUGAAGGCAAAUGCGGCUUGGACGCUGCCGACUGGACCAAGAUCGAUCAUCCCGCUUCUUAUGGAUUAUCUGAGAUUUUGUUGAAAGCUGAGCGCGUUAUGGCUGAUGGGUAUGGUGUUCUUGUUAACACCGAUGAAGCAGGUACCGUGUUCGUGACCAAUUUCCGUCUUCUUUUUUUGAGUGAAGGAUCCAGGGAUGUUAUUGCUCUAGGAACAAUACCAUUGGCUACCAUUGAAAAGUUCAAUAAGAUUGUAAUAAAGCAGCCAUCAGGUACUCGGCAGUCGGAGAAGACUCCUACACGUAGGCUUCUUCAGGUCGUCGGCAAAGAUAUGAGAAUCAUUAUCUUCGCCUUUCGCCCUCGGACUAAGCAGAGACGUGCUGUUUUUGUUGCAUUAUCGAGAUGGACAAGGCCUGCAAGACUCUGGGAUCUCUAUGCCUUUUCUUCUGGUCCUUCCAAAUGCAGUACGACCAAUCCUAAAGUGCGGCUAAUGAACGAGUACUACCGGCUGCUUGGCAUGGGAUCAAUUCGUUCAUCAAUUGGUACCAUAGAACGUGGUUCAUUCAAAUUAUCUAAUGAUUGGUGGAGGAUUAGUGAUGUGAAUACAAGUUAUGACAUGUGUUCAACUUACCCAUAUGCAUUACUAGUUCCCAAAUCCAUCAGAGAUAAAGAUCUGCUGAAAGCUUGUACAUUUCGUGCACGUUGUAGACUGCCUGUAAUAUCAUGGUGUGAUAAACGCACUGGUGCUGUCCUUGCUCGAUCAUCCCAACCAUUAGUUGGCCUUAUGAUGAAUAUGAGGAGCAACGCUGAUGAGAAUCUGGUUGGUGCUCUGUGUACUCGACUUUCUAGUGGAAAAGAAGGACGUAGGAAGUUAUAUAUAGCUGAUGCAAGACCCCGUAAAAAUGCUUUGGCAAAUGGAGCCAUGGGUGGGGGUUCAGAGUCAUCUUCCAAUUAUUUCCAGUCUGAGAUUGUAUUCUUUGGGAUAGACAAUAUCCAUGCUAUGAGAGAGAGUCUUGUUCGUCUCAGAGACUACUUGGAUACACAUGGGACUAAAUCAUCGGAUGGCAUGUCAUCAUUCUUGAGAAAUGGUGGAUGGACUUGGGGUGGAGGUAAUCUCAGCAGUAUGUCUGCUUCAGUAUCAACCUUUGGUGAUAGUGGUUGGUUAAUACAUAUUCAGAAUGUAUUGGCUGGUUCUGCUUGGAUUGCUGCUCGUGUUGCCUUGGAGUCGGCAUCGAUGCUUGUUCAUUGCAGUGAUGGAUGGGACAGAACAAGCCAGCUAGUCGCCCUUGCAAGUUUAUUGCUUGAUCCAUAUUACCGGACCAUAGAUGGAUUUCAGGCUCUUGUUGAAAAGGAUUGGCUCGCAUUUGGUCAUCCAUUUUCAGACCGAGCUGGAAUGCCAAGUUUUACUGGUAGUGGCAACAUGCCCUUAGAAAUUUCUAGGCAUUCUUCAAGUCCCAACAUCUGUACAUCAUCUUUGCGCCAGUCAUCCGGAUCAUUGACAUCUCAAGCUCCAGUCUCUUCUAAUACACAGCAUUCAAACAAUUAUUCUCCAAUAUUUCUUCAGUGGGUUGAUUGUGUCUCACAGUUAUUACGGAUAUACCCUUUUGCAUUUGAGUUCUCUUCGGUUUUUUUGGUAGAUUUUCUGGACUGUGUGCUUUCUUGUCGGUUUGGGAAUUUCUUGUGCAACAGCGAGAAUGAAAGAGAAAAAGCUGGUGUUUUUGAUGCGUGUGCAUGCUUGUGGAAGUAUUUGGAUGAUAUGCGUGCUUCGGAAGGAAGUUCUCAUGUACACUACAACAUCUUUUACAAGCCAUCUAAACACGAUGGUCCAUUGUUACCACCAGCCGCAGCUUUAGCUCCAACAUUAUGGCCCCAAUUCCAUCUUCGGUGGUCAUGUCCUUCAGAAACUCAAUCUGGCGAGGUCGAAGCCCAAUGCAGAAACAUGAUGGAGAAAUACUCGGAACUCGAAAGGGCAAAGGAUGUGGCUGAGAGGUAUACCAGAGAAAUAACGACGACAGUCAAAUCCUUGACUGCCGAUCUACUUAACGAGAACCAGGUCAGCAACUCGGCCGUGGCUUUGGCUAAAAAAGCCAGCAGGGAAAACACUGGCAUUAAGCGAGCAAUAGAGUCACUCGGAUGUAGAGUUCAUGUUUCAGCGAAUAUUGAUGAUAACCAUAUAGCCGACAUUGAAGACCAUCCUGCUGAUCUACUCCAGACUCUAACUUCCUCUCCAACUGGAGAAACAGUAGGUGAUGGACACAUAUAUGAUGAAAAGACUGAUAUGUUCGUCUCCAUUGCUGUAGCAGCAGAUGAUGAUGUCACCGUGAACCCGACCAAUCGGAUAUGUGAAACUUUGUGCCCUCUACGGACACAAGAUGGAGGGUGUAGGUGGCCCAAUGCAGGUUGUGCUCGACUUAGGAGCCAAUUUGUAGGUUUGAGAGCUGAUUAUGAUGCUUUUGACCGGCUAUCGAUCCAAGAUAGCUACUUCCAACCUGAAUGACAAAAACUGCUUGCAGUUGUUCGAGCUAUGAAUAUAGUACAGCGCGGGCAUUUGAUGUCAGCUUCUCGACAAAAUGCAACGGAUGGCGUUU